ACAAGGGGUGGCUAAGCAGGGAUGCUAUAUUUACCUCCUUCUGUUGGAUGUGUAGCAUGAACUGAAUUCUUUGUCAGCGAGGUUUUUCUGUAUCUGAUGUCAUCAGCUGUGAGGGGACUGCAGCCUCGUCCUUUGUAUUUCUCGAGGACAACAAGUCACUUCUGCUCCCUAAAGAUUGGACUUUUACGUCGUUUCAACAAUUAAGCUACACUGCUAUUAUGGCCACUCAAUCUGUGAUGUAUCGGAAUCAAGAGCUUUCUACCCAUGAAAGGAGUCAGAGUCUCCAGACAGCUUCUACAACCACAAAGAAGAAGUUUAAGUCAAGCGAGGAAGAUGUUGAAACUCAAGCAGUUUUUCCUUUUGUAUCUCCUGAAGUACUAUCCUUGAAUGAACUCUUAUCUCUGAACUCUACAAGUCCAGUGAAAUCAUGUAUUAGGCAUUCUUCCAAAACUGCAAAGUACCAGGGGAGACAGAAAAGGAAACUUUUUGGCAAUGAGCUGGAGAGUGUUGAAGUUGAAGUGAUAGAAACUAACAAGAUCAUCAGGCUCAAAGCUGACCGACAAGCAAUUCGAGCAAAGGCAGAGGAGAAGGCCACUCUAACAAAGAAAUUUAUUGAGCAAAAACAUCAGCGGUCCCCAGAAAUCAUGAUCCCUCUGCGCUCCCACAGCGUCUGGGAGAAAAUGAGUGUGAGGCUCUCCUGCACUAUUCUGGGGCGGCCAGUGCCAAAGGUCAAAUGGUACAAGAAUGGAGUUGAACUAAAGCCAUCUGUCUGCCCUGGGAAAUACACCAUUCACAACCAGUAUGGGCUGCACAUGUUGGACAUCAACAGAUGUAACCUUGAUGACACUGCAGAAUAUAGAAUCGUGGCAGUAAAUGGUCUUGGAGAAGCCAGCUCCUAUGCUACUGUCCUCGUUAAGUCACAUGAAGACAUGUAUUGCGGAUCACAGUCCAUGAAAGACGUUGCUCCAGACACCAGGGUGGAAGCUGAUUUUGAUGUCACAUUCAAAGCAUUGUUUCCAAGAGAGGGAGAGACUUUAACACUUGCCUGUACAUUUUCUUCAGAGUUAUUGGAACAUCAGGAAUGUCUUGCUUGGUUUAAGGACGGCAUUCCUCUGAAGGAGACAAAGUGGUUGCAGCUCCACACCUCUCCCCGCCUGGCCUCCUUGAAGAUUUCUCACAUUUACAAAGAGGACGAGGGGCUGUACUCCAUUCACCUGCCAACACACACUGGAGUGAAGUGCCAUAAUGCCUAUAUUUACGUUAGAGAUGCAGUAGCAGAUGAAGCAGGAGUACCUGGAUCUCCACUGGAUGUGCAGUGCACUGACAUAAAUAAAGAUUAUGUUUUUCUUACUUGGAAACCACCAAGUGCAGAUGGAGGAAGCCCGGUGACAGGGUACUAUGUUGAAAGAUGUGAAAGAGGAACUGCAGAAUGGGUUCAGUGCAAUGAUGAGCCCCAUAAACUCUGCAGAUUUCCACUGCAAGGUCUUACAAAUGGGAAAACCUAUUACUUCCGAGUGCGGGCUGUGAACAAAGUCGGGAUUAGCCGGCCAUCUAUGAAGACCGAACCAGUGACCAUAUCAGAUCCUUUAGAAGCAGGGAGAAUCAUGGUCAUUGACCUGGACCAUGGCAAGCAGAUCACAGUAACAAAAGAUGAAAUUGAAGGUGACAUCCGAAUUCCAUUACCCCCUACUCAAGUGCAGGCCAGUGAGGUCAGCGGCAGCUACAUUGUACUAAACUGGAUGGAGCCAGACCCCAGGGGCAGAGAACCGCUCAACUAUUAUGUAGAAAAGGCAGAAGCAGGAAGCGGCAGAUGGCAGAUGGCCAACUUUGAGAUUCCAGUCAGUUCUCCGAGAUUCCCAGUUUUCGGCCUAAACAAAGACAAGUCUUAUCAGUUCCGUGUCAAAUCUGUGAAUAAGUAUGGAGUUAGUGAGCCAUCUCUUCCAAGUGAGCCCAUCCAUCUGAGAGAUACAUUUGUAUGCCCUCCACCACCACGAGAUGUUGUGGCCUGUAGGAAUACAAAUACAUCUGUUGUUCUGCAGUGGAAAUGCCCACAGACCCAAGAAGAAAUUGGUGGCUACUACAUGUAUAGUCGCCAGGCUGGAAGUAACGAGUGGGUAACAAUAAACAACAAACCAGUGACAUGCACACGAUUUACAGUUGAUGGUCUUCUGCCUCAAAAAGAAUACACUUUCCGAGUAAAGGCAGUGAACACCGCUGGCACCAGCGAAUUCUCUGAGGAAUCAGAGCCCAUCCUUGUGAAGGCUGCAAUAUCGACUCCUUCUCCUCCUCUGGACAUUGCCCUGCUCAGCUGUGGACGCAAUGACAUGGUGAUUGGGUGGAAGGUCCCAAAGUUUACUGGCGCAGCUGAAAUCCAAGGAUACUUUCUGGACCAAUGUGAUGUUUCUGACCAAAUGUGGCAGGAAGUGAACAUCAAACCCCAUGUGACAAGAGUUUUCAAGAUAAAAAAUCUUCAGGAAGGUCACUUCUAUCAAUUUAGAGCCAUGGCUGUGAAUGCUGCAGGUGUUGGAGCCCCAUCAAAGCCCAGCAAUCCAUUUCUGUGCAGGGAAUGGACAAUGGCACAACCUGGUCCACCAUAUGAUGUGGUAUGUCGAGAGGUUCGAGAAAAUUCAUUGGUGCUUAUCUGGGAGCCACCUAUCUAUACUGGCCAGAGUCCUGUCACUGGCUACUUAAUUGAAACACGUAAAGCAGGAUCUGAGGUGUGGACGGCAGUAACGACUGAGCAAACACAAAAAACAUGGCUGAAGGUAUCAGACCUGGAAAGUGGCCAAACCUACGCAUUCAGAGUUUCUGCGGUCAAUUCAGCAGGAGCUGGUGAAUUUUCCAUGCCUUCCCAAGACGUGUGCAUUGAAACCAAAGCAGGUUUGAAAGACAUUGAAAUUGGUGUAGAUGAAGACGGCUUUAUAUUCCUGUCAUUCCAAACACCAGAGACGAGUGACUCCUCUCAGGCUCAAUGGAUGAAAAACUACAAAGAUGAUCUAGAUGCUGGAAGGGUCCAGAAAGUAGCAGAAGGCAACAGAUCAAAAUUGGUGUUUAAAAAUCCUUCUGAAGAUGACCUCGGCCUUUAUACUGUAGAAAUGUUGGAUGCUGAUGGAUUCUCCUCCAGCUACGACUUCACUAAAGAAGAUCUUGAAAGGAUGUUGAAGCUCAGCUGGGACGUAAGAAAUCCAUUGAUAGGAAUGAAAUCUGACUGGGCAGUCGAUGUCCUGGACAAUGGCACCGUGAGGCUGUGGCUGCAGGUUGAAAAGCUGAGCCCAUCUGCAGAGUUGAAGCUGAUUUUCAAUGACAAGGAGCUCUCCAGUACGCCUGCACGCAAGAUCAACUUUGACAGAGCUAAUGGCUUACUUGAAAUUCUGAUUGACGAUUUCUCUGAGGCUGAUGAAGGUUCCUACACUGCCCAGCUUAAAGAUGGCCGAGCCAAGAAUCAAUUCACUUUAGUGCUGAUAGAUGAGUGUUUUAGAAAAACACUGGCUAAGUCAAAGUUUAAUAGACAUGACUGGAAAAGGAAGAUGGGGCCUUACUUUCUCGAGCCUCUGUCCUGGAAAAUCACAGAUGAUUGUGAGCUUCUUAUUUCAUGCAAGGCCACCAACCUGAAGAAAGAAAGCAUUCUGAAAUGGUUCAAAGAUAGGAAGGAGCUUUCAGACUUUCACUUCAAUCCCCAGGAUGGCCAGAGCUCCUUACUUCUGAAAGAGGUUACAAAAGUGCACAUGGGAGAGUAUAAAACAGUGCUGUCAGACACAAGAGGGGAAGACACCAGUCUCUUAAAUUUGGGAGAUGAAGAUUUUAAGAUGGUUCUCAAGGAGCUGUGCAGAGUUGCUGCUUUAUCUGCAAGUGGACUGAAGAUCCAGAGCACUGCAGAUGGCUUCCAGCUUUAUUGCUCACUGAAGUAUUAUUUGGAAGACAUUAAAACAAACUGGCGACUCAAAGAGAAGAAGUUAGAAGAUGAUAAGAGAAUAAAGAAAGGAAGCAGCAUUCACAAAGUAUGGAUUGACAUUUUCAACCCCACUGAAGCUGACAAGGGAAAAUAUGUGCUGGAACUAUGUGAUGACAAACAGACGUACCUAAGGACACUGGACCUGUCUGGGCACGUUUUUGAUGAAGCUUUUGAAGAAUAUCAGAGGCUGAGGCAAGCAGCAAUUGCAGAAAAAAAUCGAGCCAAAGUGACUAAAGGUUUACCUGAUGUGGUGGCUAUCAUGGAAGAUAAGACUCUGUGUCUCACUUGUGGCUUUGCUGGAGAUCCCAUCCCUGAAAUCAACUGGACAAAGAAUGACAAGCAAAUUAUUGUGGGAGACCAGUACAAAAUAAUUAAUGACUCAAACAGCAGUGCCAUAACAAUAAACAAAGUGUCAUCUGAUGAUUCUGGCAAAUACACCAUUCAUGUAAAAAACAAAUACGGCACAGAAGAGGCAACCGUCACUGUCAGUGUCUACAAGCAUGGCGAGACACCCAUAGAAGGAGUUCUCCUGAUUUAGGGAUAUGUAUACUUUCUCAUGAGGGAAAAUGAAAAGUGGAUAAUGUAUGUUUUCAUCAAUGGAAGUUUAAAUCAAAAGUAUUUUGUCUGAAGAAACAAUAUAUUUAAAAUCAUGUGGGAUUAACAGAGGAGUCAUGAAAAGCUGGUCUCUAUUUAUUUGAAAGUGUUGUGAACUUGGUUUACUUCUUAAAGGUCAAACUGCAUAUAAUAACCAAGAAACAAAAAAGUCAGCAUGUAGUGGUUUAGGCUGCAGGGAAAAAAAACAUUUCCUAAGUCUUAUGAAUAAUAUGAAUCCUAAACUUUCUCUCAAGACUAAAAAAUAAAAUUGCAUUUUAAAGAUGAAAGUUCCCUUUUCACCUAGCCUGACAAUUAGACACCUUUUCCAGUUAGUGUAAUACAGAUGUCACAAAAUGAAUGAGAUUUAUAUUAAAGAGAACAGUAUUUACAAAAUUAUUAAGUUUUAUUGCAUGUUAGUACUUCUGUUCUUUGGAUGCUGUCUCAUGAUUUUCAAUCAUUAAUUUCAUGCCAGAUCUCUUACAUAAAUCUAUACACUAAAUAAUAAAAUACAUUAAGAAUAUUCUUGCCAGGUUGAGUAUUAAAAUAAAAAACGUUUUUGCUUUAUAUUCGCAGGAAGAAUAAAAUAAAGAAUGAGCAAAAACAACUGAAGCAGAAAAUGAUGAUCAGUUCAUCAAGUAGCUUUCUUAGCAUACAUCACACCUAUAGACUGUAACACAUGACAACUUCAAUUUAAAAAAAGCGUUUUACCUAUUUACAUCUUCACAUAACAGAGUCUAACAAUCAGUAAAUAAAGAAAGUAUUCUUUCUUUUAUACUUGUCGCUUAUUGUCUCUUCUUUAGUUCCUAGUUUCUAUGCUACCACUAGAAAGAGCACCUUGAAUACAUCCUCAUCUGCUGAUCUGUUCUUUUUCCAAGAAAAAAAUACCCACUUAAUUAUAAUAACAAAUCCUAUACUUCCCCUUCUCAUUCUCUGUUCUUUUCUUCUGGUUACAUUUUCUCUCUCCUCUUUCUAAAUAGUGUGUUUUCUUUAAUAGGAGCUCCAUGAUUUUCUCCCCUUGCCACCCCUUGUCUUCUUCACCUAUCAUUAAUUUUUUUUUUAAUUUCACAUUGCUGACCUCCACUUCAUAAUCUUUUGUCUUUCAUUUUAAUAGCAUAUGAAUUCCUGUACUCUUCCACAUUCUCCUUUUCUUCCACAUUCUUAGCAUCUGUUACCUUCCUGUAGUUCACUGCUUUGAUUUCUUUGUCCUCUUCAUCAAGUUUCCCCCCACCCCAGCUUUUGGUGACUUUCAUCUCAUGUUUUUCCUUUCCUUCUGUGUUUCAAUGUACCUAACUCUGCAGGACCUAUGACUAGCUAUGCAACACUUGGAGCCACCAGGGGGCACUCCAGCUCUCCAGGCGUCUGACACAAAGGCUCAGACACAAGUGUAAAAGCACAAAGAGAAUUUUUAUUGUAGGAAACUCUUCAGUAAGCGUUUCCCAUACCACAACCAUCACAGUAAGCACUCCGCAAUAUUGUUGUCUUCUUUUCCUCUGUCAUGAUCACUGCCUCGACUCCUCACAAGCGUUGGUCUCCUUCCUCCUGAGUCUGGCUCUCAGAACAGUGGCAGGUAGGGAUGCCGGCUGUCCUUCAUACACUAUUUAAUUUUGUGCUAUUUCACCUGUAUUUGUGGCUUUUAAGUAUCUAAAAAAAACCCAAUGUUUUAGACAUGAAUCAGGGUACAAGAAUUAAGUGAUCUGCAAAAAGAUUAACAAAUAAAAUUAAAUUACAGAAGAAAAUUAAGCAAAUAGCAGCAUCAGAUUUCUCAGUACAGGAAAGUGGGUAAAGUACAGAACAGUACCUAACUUCAAAAAUAGUGUUAACAUGAGAUAAAAAUGAUGUGUUAAACUGAAUGGUAGUUACGCAGAAUGAAAGUAAACAAGUGUUUGAGUUGGGAUUUGAAUGUUGAAACUAAAAAGCUUCACGGUAGAUGUUAGCAGGGAGGUCUGAGUUGGAACUGUGUACAAAAAUGACAAAGAGUGUUCAAAGAGGACAGGAAUAACAAAUUAUACCAUGUUCUUUUUGCCUUACUAGAGCAACACAUUGGAGUUCACUGAAUGUAAUAAUUAUGAGUAAAAGUUAUCAAAGUUGAGCCCAUCCACUCAUCCAUGUGUGUAAGAAUAAGAAAUUAAUGAACCCUGAUAAAAGAAAGUAAAAACAAAAUGCUUAACAUUUCUCCACUUUUAAUAUGAACCACCUUUUUCUUUUUUAGUGGUAGUGAUUCAUGUGAAAGGCCUUAUAUAAAAUUAUUAUGAACAGGUGGCAGACUGUCAUAGUGGUUAACACUGAAGCCUCACAGAUCAAGGAGAUUGGGUUUGAAUCCUAGCCCAAUUACUGUCUGUGUGAAGUUUGCAAUGCUUCUGUAUGUCCAAGUGGGUUUUUCUUUUGGUACUCCAUUUUGCAUGCCACCUCACAAAAGAUAUCCAAGCUCAGUUAACUGAAAACUCUAAAUUAGCCCAUUUUUAGUGUACCCAACAGGGAUGUUCCCUUGCUUGUAACCAGUGUUGCUAUUCACAAUUCUCAUUCAGAUUACCAUAUAGAAAAAACUGACUGAAAGCACAUACUGUACAGACAUAAUUGAAGCACUUGAUAUCUACUGGUAAUCCCAGUUGGCAUUGCUAAAUUACUAAAAUUUCAACCUAGCAAGAGGUCAGUCACUGCCUUCAAAUGAAUGAAUUCUUUAAUUCAGUGGCUUCCUUCUUCCUUGAGCAUCUAGAGCCCAGAUUGCUUGACUAUAUGAGUUUUACGUACCCAAGACGUUGAUUGCUUCCUCUACUGUGGCCUACCAAUUCACUUUAUUUAUACUUUUGCUUUUAAGUAACUUUCAAAUGAAUGUCUUUAAUAUAUACAAUCUCACAAAUACAUUUGACCAGCAGCUGUGCAGUUUAAAAUGCCCUAAAUCAUUAACUAAAGCAGGAGACAGGAAUAUUGCAAAAGAAAUAAAACUGGUACUCAAAUUGAAGUUUAUGUAUAUGCAUAUACUUAAUAAGAAAUAAUGGAUUAAGUGAUUAUUUUUAUCAAGUAAAACAUACGUAAACAUUGCUUGUCUUUACUAUUAGAUUGGUGACUAUAACUAUUUCAAGUGAUAUUUUUUUCUCUGUUAUAUUAAGCCAAUAAACCUUGCAUUCUUCCUGACUAGGCAACCGAAAAGUGCCAAACAAACAAAAACUAUAAACUAUGUUAAUCUGCUUACUUGCACUUUAUCACUACCAGAAACAGUUAAAUAACUAAAAUAUGUAACUAUUAACAGAUGAAGGUGAGAAGGUUGUAACUUGUAUGCCUAAUGGUGCUUAAAAUAAAGUGAUGUUUAAUUCCA